UGUAUGCUACUUGAAGCCGGUUUCCUGGAUCACGGCUACCCGCUGCGGGUAGCCGCUGGCUUGGGUACGGUGGGCAGGACUGAAGCCCCACCUGGGGCGGCACGAGCGCCGGAGCUGCGUGACAGGCGGGGUGAAAGGGAAGCCAUGCAAAAAUCGGAGUGCCCUGGAGGUGUGCAGUUGAGAAACAGAGCAACAGGUAAUUAUGAUCAAAGGACAUCCUCAAGUGCACAAGUAAAACAACACAGGGCGACAGGUCAGCGGAGCAAAUCCUCCUCACUAACCAGUUCUCCAGAGGCUGCAAGAAGGGUUCAUCCUCGGCCAAGUGAUAAACUCAACCCUAAAACAAUUAACCCUUUUGGUGAACAGUCUCGAGCCCCUUCUGCAUUUGCGGCUGUCUACUCUAAAGGAGGCAUUCCCUGCAGAUUGGUACAUGGCUCAGUAAAACACAGAUUACAAUGGGAAUGCCCACCUGAAAUUCUGCCAUUUGACCCGCUUCUAAUUACUUUAGCUGAGGGUCUGAGGGAGACGAAGCAUCCUUAUACCUUUGUGUCCAAGGAGGGCUUUAGGGAAUUACUUCUGGUCCAGGGUGCUCCUGAAAAAGCUGUACCUUUGCUACCUAGACUCAUCCCUGUGCUCAAGGCAGCUCUGGUCCAUUCUGAUGAUGAAGUGUUUGAAAGAGGACUGGACGCACUCGUUCAGCUAAGUGUGGUCGUUGGCCCAUCUCUGAAUGGCCAUCUGAAACAUCUGCUUACAAGCCUUUCCAAGAGGCUAAUGGACAAAAAAUUCAAAGAAGCCAUCACGAGUGCCUUGCAAAAGCUGGAGCAGCACGGCGGGAGUGGAAGUCUUAUCGUCAUCAAAUCCAAAAUCCCAACCUACUGCUCUAUCUGCUGUUGAAUAAGGGAGCCAGCAAAAGCCAGGCUACUUCCUCAGGCACUGACGGUGGCUGCAGUGGGCCUCUGCUAGGUUGGGUCACCCUGACUCCCAGGACCGUGUCAGUCUAGACUCAUUGGGGAAGCCAUUUGUCAAACAAAACGCAUGGGUGCUAAUGGAAAGCAAUUAAAGUGCUGGUGAAAAAGGUGAAUUCCAUGAGGGUUUUGCAUCGUGGUCAUCUGUGUGAAUUAUGGAUCAUAGCUAUAUGCAUAUUUUCCAAUAUAUUUUUACUUACAGCCCUUCUGAAGAUCACUUUGUAGCUGUUCACUUAUUUUAUAGGUUGGUUUUGGCCAUUUGGUUUUUAUAUUUAUCAAGACUGUAAAAAUUUAAGAUAGCAAGUAAAUAUUUGUGACUUCACUAUUAGCUGGUAUUUGCAAAUAUGUAUUUUAUAAUGUGGAAUGCUUGGGAACAUCUUUUCCUUCCUGAAUAUUCCAGUUUAAAAACCUUGUUCUAAAUGUGAAAUUUCUAUUACAAGUAUAUUGUUUACUACAACUUGUUAAAACUACCUAAACUUUAUUUAAGUAAACGUUACUUUUAUAUUUCAUAGUCUGAAAAUACUGAGGAUGUACAUAUGCAGAUAUCCAGAAAUUAAAGUACUUUACAUGUACUCAGUGAUAUUGUAGUACUUGUUUGUGUUUCAGUUACUUGGUUUUUGAAGACAUAAUUUGGGGGUACAGCCCAGAGUUCUAAUGAGCUAGAAACUUCUAGAUGAUUCUGCAAGAAGGAGUCGAGGAAGAGCAGUAGGAAAAUGGGAGUGAGACUUUCAAUCUACCUGGCAGGAACUUGGAAAGCCACUCCAAAUCCUAACCAUAGGCACACAUCGGAAAGCAUGGGGACAGACAGUCAUUGUGUUAUGUGGCAGCAGCUACAUGCCCUCUCGACACUGGAUAGACGGUGCACGCCCCUUGUUCUCUUCCCACAGACAUCUGGUGACCCUUUGGCAAUUCUUAUUUCAGAUAGUUGCACAGCUUUCAAUUGAAGGAAUAGAAGCAAUUGCUGAGUCACCAUACUACAGACCUGCCCAUCCUCCACCAGGACUUUUGCUUCUGGGUCCUGGGUCCUCCCUAUCCUCAGAUCUAUAGUACCUUGUCACAUUCUCAGACCAUGCUUGCUAUAGCAGCUGCCUGACCUCUGUCUUGCUUUGAGUUUUCUCUGUAGGCAGCACUACCCAAAGAAACUGACAGUCUAGUUUGAAUCUAGUGAUUGAGUAUAAAACUUGCUAGAACAUAAUGACCUAUGGCAGACACAGUAGAGUAAUAAACACUUUAUUUUGCUUUUAUUUUCCCUUUUGAGAUACAAAAUGUGCACAUUGAGUUUACACAAACACGCGAUGGCAGAUUUCAGUGUACAUGUACUGUACUACUCUUAAUUCCUACACUGGUGAUGGCAGGGCAGCUUUCAACAUCCUAUCUCUACACCAGAAUAGAUACCUGAUUUAUUGUUGCAGACAGUCGCAAAUUUUCUCCUCCUGUAUCCUCUUGGUACUUGUGAUGUUUGUUUCUACACAAGGGAAGAUGUGUGUAUCUAUAGUACUGCUGUGGCAACUCUAUAGUUUUGGCUUGAGAUCACGGAAAUGAAUCUGAAUCCUUUAACUUCUAUGAUGAGCUAAAUCAUAAUGAAAUUCAGAUGAACUGUUUAAUGUUUGUAAUCAUUUUCUGUACAGUCUUAUGUGUAAUUUCCAAUAUGAUAGAAUCACUGGUGUUUUCAAAGAAUAUUUUGCUUGAUAUUCAUUCUUGGUGGCUUUGGGGCAGUCAAGGAUUCUCUGUCCCGGAAUGGCUUAUAAUAAACAUGCUGUGAAAACAUUAGGGAGUUUGGGGGUGGCUAGAAUUGCCCUUUACUGCUCUUAGGGUUACUUGCUAAUAAGCAUCACUAGGUGUUGGAGGACAGACAUCCGGACCCUUUGCAAGUCUGUAAACAUCCUUGGUUUGUAUGACACUUUGAAUUUCUAUUUCAUGACACAAUACAAAACAGUCUACAUGUAAGAUCGAACAGGUCCAAAGGUACAUGGAUU